ACGAGAUGUCUAGAUAGUGUAAUGACACAAGAUGCGUAGAAGUUGAUGUGAAUCGGGUUUUUCCUAAGUAAUGUGACGAGUAAGAACAGAGUAGGAUGAUGAACAAGAAGAAUAACGGACAAGACGCCUUAGAGGACGACGCUAGGCUAGCGACGACAGAGGACUGUGCCCUUUUUAUUGUUUAUUAAAUUGUUGAAGUUACCAGCCUGCGUUAUUAAGUAUAUUCUUGAUUCAUUCUGUUGUUGUGUCAUAUGGACUCGCAUGCACCAUUAACAUAUAUAUACUCAUCAACAAAAUAGACCAUCAACAGAUGUGGCGACCCACGACGGCCAGGGCGUCAUUUUGAUCUACAAUCUAGUUAACUUCGUGUUCUGGAUAUAUCUACACUUGGCGAAGUACACUGGAGAAGUACUGGAUUAACAUUCGUUUAUUUCUACUAGACCUACUCUACGUCUGUGCUAAUUAUCUGGACUGCAGCUGGAUUUUGGCAUCUUUGUUCCAGUGGAUCUAGACUUUCUAUUAGAGAAAAUUCGAAACCGUUACCAGCGUCUAGCUUUGUCAGCCAUGUUGGAUAUUUUUAGAUUGAACUUGGAUCUAUAUUGACUAGAUCUAUAUCUAUUGUGUCUGAACCCAGAACUAUUUCGUCCGUGUAAGUGAUUUAGGGCAGUCCGUCGUCAGUAUACCUCUACCUAUAUACCUCAAGAGUGAAGAUACCUCAUUUUGUCAGGUUUAUCUGUUUAUUGUGAGUACGGAAAGUCAUCUGAGUCUACAUAUCUAGUAUCUACAAGCUGACCGUUGGAUCGAGUCACCUUGUCAGACAGAAGCCAGCACCAACAGAUCAUCAAGUGGAACCGGAACCUUGGAACCCUACCAGAGGACUUUAUCUGAGAUUCGUACCAUACUGUGGCAGCACCAGGAGAGAUUGGCCUAACUCAGUACUGCCUGUCGAGUAGCCUUUGGGGGAGCACACCUUGCCUUGCCUGAGACUAAGACAGUGGGGAACUUGUGUGGAACUGACCGUUGUAGCUCCGUGGACUGAACAAAGGGGAUCUAACUAAAGAUAAGUUUAUUUUUUCUCUCCAUUAUUAUUAAAUUAAGUCUAUUUUAGGGACAGUAGAUCUUUGUUAAGAGCAGGUUGCCUGAUAAGGGCGUCAUUAUAGGACACAUUAGAAAGUGGACCUGCUCCAUUUAAUAAAGUCUCGAUGAUUGUUUAGAUUGUCUUGUUUUGUUCGUAUCCACGUACAUUUUAUUUUUUUUAGAAGUCAAGUGAAGUUAUCUUUAUUUGUCUCUUUCAGUGUAUACUUCCUCUAAAAAGUCUCAUCUCAUUAGAAUAGAUUUAUUUUUUUGUGUCUUAUUACGUUUAUUUUACAUUAUUCUUAUUAUAUAUUAGUAAUUUUAUCUUAAGUAGAUAGGUAAGCCACGUUUAAUCUAGAUUAUAAAUUCUAGAUUGUUUCCAGGUAUUAACUAAAUUGUUAUACCUAUGAGAGCCUUUGAUCUAUUUUAUCCUGAAGACAACUGAGUCUAAGGAGUAAUUAUUUAUAUAUAGAUCUUUUGUCCCGAUUAAUCGGUUGACAUUAUUUUAUAGAUGUGUUUAAACACAGUCUAAUUGGUCAGAAUAAAAAAUUUUUUGUCAGUAUCACUGGAUUGUGAUUUACUGUUGGAGGUAUAAUAUUGAUUUAUCUAUUUGAGGUUGUAUUAAAGUUGUAUUGAAUCUAGACUAGUGACUAGAAUAGUCCUAGGGGUAUUUAUUGGCAAGAAGUAAGUCCAUUGAAUUAAGUAUUGAGGUAUUGAUAAAAGUAUAUAUGAUAUUUGUUUAUGUGGCCUAAAGUAAGUCCACUGAAUUAAGGUGAUAUAAAAUUUUGAGUUGUAUUCAAGUAUUGUGGCUGUGAGUAAGUCCACUGAGAUAAUAUUUCUUGAUAUAACAUUGAGCAAAGGUAUUUAAAUAUAUAAAUAUAUAUAUAUAUAUUACAAGAAGUAUUUGAAAGUGAGUUUUUGUGAAAACUAAAUUGUGAUAUUUAGGCCAAUAGGGAGGCCAUAUCAAAACUAUAUUGAGACAUUGUUUAAAAUAAAAUAAGCAUAAUGGCAACAGCUCCAAACUUUGAUUAUAUGGAGACUUUUCGCCAGCAAAUUAUUGCUGAGGCUAAACAGCUAGAACUUAAAUGUAAGGACCUAACUAGCUAUGUGCAGCAAAUGGUGACAAUAGAGAGAGAUAGAAUAGAUAAAGAAAGAAGAGAAGAAACAGAGCGUAGAGAGAAAGAAAAGGAUAGGGAAGCACAAUUAAUAAAAGAAGAAGCAGAUAGGAAAUUACAAUAUGAUUUAGAGAAAUUGAGGUUAGAUGCUGAAUUGAAAAAACAAAACACUAAUGAUAGACCUACUGUUCAGAGUGAAAACAUAAACAAUAGUAAUAGUACAAGUAAUGGUAAUAACAUGAAUGAAAAUAGGGAUAAUCAAAGUACUAAUCAUUGGCUGAAAAAGAAAAUGCAGCCCUUUCAAGAAGAUAAAGACAGUAUUUCAGACUAUUUAAAGCGUUUUGAGAUCAAAAUGAGCAGUUGUAACAUAAGAGAAAAUGAAUGGUCUCAAAUCUUACUUGAUUUUGUUCAAGGUCAAGCAUUAACUAUUUGUCAGAACCAUGAUCAUACCAUUCAGAAUAGUUAUGAUAUAUUAAAGAAAGAGCUUCUUAAUGCCUGUGGUCAUAAUGCCAGUACAUUUAGGAAAAAAUAUUUUGAAAAUUUUCCUAGUAGUCAGAUUGAUCCUCAAACAACAGUAAAUCUUGAAAAAGAUUAUUUCAGUAAAUGGAUGUCAUUUGAGCAAAUAGAUCAAAGCUAUGAAGGACUUAAAAACUUUAUUUUGAUAGAUAACUUUACAAACAAAUGUGAAUCUCAGUUACAGUCAUUUAUAAAAGAGAGAAAACCAAAAACUUUAGAGGACAUAGUUAUUAUUAUGAGAACUUACAGCAGUGCUUAUCCUAAUAAUUCAUUUUCAAAUAAAGACAAGAAACAGAUUGAUUUUGUAGGAUAUAGUAAAGAAACUAAGAGUAAAGAUAGACAUGAGAGCAGAAAUGAUAGAAAUAGAGAUAAUAGUGACUAUAGAGAGAUCAUCUGUUUGAAUUGUCAAGGUAGAGGACAUAUUGCAGCACACUGUAAACAAGUGAAGUACAAUAGAUCAGAAAAUAGGGACAGUUACAGGAAGCAGAGCAGGAAAGUUGAGUUUAAAGAGAACAGAAACAGAAAUAACAAAAGUAGAGUGUAUUUCACCAAUGAUAGAGACAGUAGAGAAAGUAGUGAUAAUGAAGAAGUAGAAGAGAUGAACUAUUGUUGGGGUGUAGAAGAAAUAAAUUUUGCAGAAGAUGAAACCAGCAGAGUGAGAGUACACUCUGGUUUUAUCAAUGGGAAACCUAUGAGGUUUGUCAAAGAUUCGGGAUGCAGUACAGUUGGAAUUAGGAGUAACUUAGUUAAACCAGAUUGUUUAUUAGGCUAUGAGAAAAAAGUAAGGUUGAUAGAUGGCAGUAUCAAGCGCUAUCAAGCCUGUAAAGUUUUCUUAGAAACACCAUUUUAUACUGGUUAUUGUAAAGGUUUAGCAAUACCAGGAUUGUCUCAUGAUUUGCUUUUAGGCAAUAUACAUGGACUAAAGGAAAUGACUCAAAGAGAAAUAGAUAACUGGAAUAGAAGACAUGAAUACAAAAUGAGACAAAGAAAUUCUUAUGGUAAAAUGAGAAGAAAUAUUAUUUGUUUUAAAUGUCAAAGAAAGGGACAUAUUGCCAGGCAAUGCAGAAGUUGUGACUAUUCAGAUAGAAGAUCUGACCAUUAUGAGUAUGGCAGAAAUUUUGAUAGCAAUGCCUAUGAUAGACAGUAUCAUAGAGGGAACCCUCAGAGAAGAUGUAACUCUGAUGAGUACCAGAGUACAAGGGACAAUUGUAGGUCAUAUGGACCUUACCAAAGAAGAAAUGGAGAAGCAGAAUAUAGUUGGAGAAAGUAAAUUCUUGAUGGUUUACUUAUAAGUAUAUAUAGAUAUAUAUACUAGCAAUGGUUUAAUUGUAUAGUGCAUGAACAUGUUGAGUUCUUUUAGAUUGUAAAUAAGUUGUAUAUGUUAUGAUAUUUAUUUGUAUGCUAUAGUAUGGCACUCAAUUGAAGUAAAAGGUGUAAAUUAAAGUAAGUAUGAUCAUCUACAGUCAUUAUUUUUUUUAUAUAAUCAUUAUCAUUCAUUAGUAAAAGGCUAGGUCAGUUUGGAAAUGGUAAGUGGAGAGAAAAUAUACUUAUUGGUACCCAACAAAAAAGUUAGGUAGAAUAAUUUGGAAAGCUGUUUUGACACAAAUAUUACAUUUUGUCUGACAGGAAAGGUUUGGUGUGAUGUGAGGCAGACGACCACGGACAUACAGCCAAUGACAGUAUUUACUCUGAAAAACUCUGUUUUAUGCCUAUGGAGUCAGCAAAGGCAUCUUCGUAUGUGGACUAUAUACAUGUGUAUUUAUUCUGAAAAACUCUGUUUUAUGUCUGUGGAAUCGACAAAGGCAUCGUCGUAUGGGGACUGUUUACAUGUCUUGAUGGACUUAGUACUAUUGGUUGGUGAAACUAUUACACUGUACUAUACUAUUUUAUCGUCAAUAAGUGAUGAUUAGAACACCGCAUACCAGAUAUUUUCUUACUAAUAACUGUAUUGGAACUGUAUUGUUUUCUUGGUGUCAACAUUCAACUACAGGGUGAACUUUGUGACAUAGAAACAUGGACACCAGGAACUGAUGAAGAUGGGAAACAUGAUGAUGUCCAUCAAGAUCAAGAUAUAUGUUUGUUUUGUCUUUCCCCAAAAUUUUGGCCAUGUAUAUUGUACAGACAUGACAGUAGGGAUAGGGUUUUAGACUGAAAAAAAAAUUGACAAAAUUUUUUUUUGAUAAAGGGGGGAGGAAAUAUGUAAUGACACAAGAUGCGUAGAAGUUGAUGUGAAUCGGGUUUUUCCUAAGUAAUGUGACGAGUAAGAACAGAGUAGGAUGAUGAACAAGAAGAAUAACGGACAAGACGCCUUAGAGGACGACGCUAGGCUAGCGACGACAGAGGACUGUGCCCUUUUUAUUGUUUAUUAAAUUGUUGAAGUUA